AUGAGCGAGCCGGGCCUGACGUCGGAGGACUUGUCGGUCUAUGUAGACAAGCAUCCAUUCAAGUCAGAGGCGUAUCUCCAAAAAAUGGGUGCGAAUGGCGCGCCUGUGCCAUCGCGGCGGAACAAGCCUCUGAAGCAGAUCUUGAAUCAGGAACGCGAAGCAUACUACCAAAAGCGUGGGAUGGUAGAUCCGACAAAGAAGCGCGGUGACAGCACGCCGAAGCGACGAAAGACCGAACAAGAAGCAGACAGCGAGGUGCCGGCACCUCGAGAAGAAGGGCCGCUGCGUGACGUGCCCACAUACACGAGUGUGCAGGCUCCUCCGAGUCUGUUGCCCCCUAAGCGGUACUGUGAUCUUACGGGCUUGAUGGCGCCCUAUACCGACCCCAAGACGCGUCUGCGGUACCACAGUGCCGAGGUCUAUCAGAUCAUCAAGGGCUUUGCACCCGGCGCAGAUAAUGCAUACCUUGCUUUGCGUGGCGAUGCGUCGCAGCUUUUGUAG